AUGGCCGGCGAGGGGCCGCCGCCAGCCACGCGGGGCUGCGCGCAGCCCUCGGCGGCGUGGCGAUGCAGGUGCUUGGCAGCGCCCCUCCUGAUGUGGCAGACGGCCCUGCUCACCUCGAUCAUGGUGCUGCUGCCGGCAUCCCUGCUGCUCCUGGUUCCGCUGGCAUCCGCUCGCGGCGCUUUCCUCUGGGUGGCCCGCCAGUGCCAGGCCGUCUGGCUGGGGAUGGCCGUCGCGCUCGUCCGCCACGUGCUCGGCGUGAAGAUCGUCCUCUACGCAGGGGCCGAAGUCCACGACCUGGCCGAGCAGGACAUCCUCAUCAUAUCGAACCAUCGGACACGCGUGGACUGGAUGUUCUUCUGGGCCCUGGCCGCCGCACUCGGCCGCCUCGGCUCGCUCAACAUAGUGCUGAAGGACAGCUUGCGGUCCGUUCCCGGCUUCGGCUGGGCCACGCAGUGCUUCGGCUACGCGUUCAUGUCUCGACAGGGCCGCAGCCAAACCUCCGCACCCUGCGCCGGGCGGCCGCGCUGCACGGGGGGCGCGGCCGCCUCGCGCUGCUGCUCUUCCCCGAGGGCACGGACCUCUCCGAGAACAACCGGCGCCGGAGCAGCGCCUUCGCGGAGGCGCACGGGCUGCCGGAGUACACGCAGAUCCUGCACCCCAGGGCCGCUGGGUUCGUCGCGCUCAGCGAGUCCCUCCGCCUCGUGGCGCGGGCGAACGGUGCAGCCAUGCCCCGGUUGCUCGACGUGA